AUGCAUAAUAAAAAGGAAAAAGGCAAACUUAUAAAUACAGAAGAAGAAAGCAAAAAGAAAAGAUAUGUUCUUUUCGUAGGAAAUUUACCAUUUAAUAUUACUAAUGAAGAACUUAAGAAACAUUUUUUGACUAAAGUAAGUCAGAUAAUUGAUAUUAGGAUUCCUAAGAAAGAUGCAAACACAGCACGUGGAUUUGCUUAUAUUGAACUAGCUAAUAAUACAGAUUAUGAGAAAGCACUUUCACUGAAUCACUCAUUUGUUAAUGGAAGAAGGAUAAAUGUGCAAUAUUCUGGAAGUAACAAGAAGAUAGGUGUUGCAAAAAAUUUUAAAUUACAUGCCCUACAGAAAGCAGGCAAAUUAGCAGGUGGAAAGAAUAGAAAUUAUCAGAAGCAUACAGGCAAUACAGGAAAACAAAAUAUGAAAACGAUAAAAACAUAA